CUGUUGCAGGCCGUGAGCCUCGCAGUUAGGCAGCAGCAGUCAGAGUGAUUGAUGCAGAAUGAGCUCCAAGCACUCCUCCGACUGGAUUCCCUACAGCACUUUAGAUGAUGAGGGCACCAACCUCCGACAACAGAAACUGGACAGACAGCGAGCACUCCUUGAACAGAAGCAGAAGAAGAAGAGGCAGGAGCCUCUGAUGGUCCAGUCUAAUGUAGACGGGAGAUCUCGCACCCGUCGGACCAAACAGAGCGAGGAACAGGCUCCGCUGGUGGAAUCCUACCUCAGCAGCAACAGCAGCACCAUCUACCACGUGCAAGAAGCUGAACAGGAGGAGGUGAAGGUGAUGGCGGACGCACAGCCGCCUCGCUCAUCCAAAAAGGGCAGAGCAUCGGCCAGCUCUACUCCACAGACAGGCAGCGACAAGAAGGAGAGGAAGGGGAAGCACAAAGCAGCGAUGGAUGGUCUGGCCUCCCAGCAGGAUGAUGGUCAGAUCCAGAUCCUGACGGUGGGUCACCCCAGCACAGAGGAGGGCGAGGCGGAGCCGGUGAUGAGCUGCACUCAGUCGCAGAGCAAACAGGAUCUGCGCGUCACCAUGCUCAAGAAAGGUAUAUCCAGCAGUAUGAAUUUUGAUGAAGAAGAGGAUGAUGAAGAUGAAAUUAGCUCUAGUUCCUCACAGCUCAACAGCAACACGAGACCAGGCUCUGCCACUAGCAAGAAGUCAUGCAAGGAGGUGGCCUCAGCACCCACUCCACCAGUCAAUGAACCUGCCAUCGACGUAGAUGACCUUGAAGAGUUUUCCCUGCGUCCUGCACCCCAGGGGGUGAGAGUGAAGUGCAGAAUCACCAGAGAUAAGAAGGGCAUGGACAGAGGCAUGUAUCCCACCUACUACCUCCACCUGGAGAGAGAGGAUGGCAAGAAGGUGUUCCUGUUAGCUGGCAGGAAAAGAAAAAAGAGUAAAACAUCCAAUUAUCUUAUCUCCAUCGAUCCAACGGAUCUGUCUCGAGGCGGAGAGAGCUUCAUCGGUAAACUGAGGUCUAACCUCAUGGGAACUAAGUUCACUGUAUACGACAGCGGCCUGAACCCCAUGAAGAGCACAACCAGCCUUGAAGCUAGCAACUUGCGUCAAGAGCUAGCAGCCAUUUGCUAUGAAACCAAUGUUUUAGGAUUCAAAGGGCCGCGUAAAAUGAGUGUCAUCAUUCCUGGAAUGAACAUGGACCAUGAGAGAGUGUCUAUUCGCCCACGAAAUGACCAUGAGUCACUGCUGGCCAGGUGGCAGAACAAGAACACAGAGAGCGUGAUUGAACUUCACAACAAGACGCCUGUGUGGAACGAUGACACACAAUCCUAUGUGCUCAACUUCCACGGCAGAGUCACUCAGGCCUCCGUCAAGAAUUUCCAAAUCAUUCAUGACAAUGACCCCGACUACAUUGUGAUGCAGUUUGGCCGUGUGGCAGAGGAUGUCUUCACCAUGGACUAUAACUACCCAAUGUGUGCCCUGCAAGCUUUUGCCAUUGCGCUUUCCAGCUUUGACAGCAAGUUAGCCUGUGAAUAGAUCCCAGCCUGAUGUUCAGUGGAGAACUGGUCCAUCUGUCCUCUUAACAAGGGCUGUUCAUGUACCCUUGGGGCUGGUUUGACUCCUUCAAAUCACGCGGGAUCUUGGAAGUCCUGCAUAUCCCGAAAGGCUUUACGGGACGUGUGUGUCUAUGUGUGUCUGUGUGUGAGAGUGUGUGUCU